AUGCAACAGUUAACUCUGCUAGUCUUGUCAUUCCUCCCUUGCCCAGUAACUGUCGACCGCCGUCAUGACGCUACCUGUGAGCCGGGUCAGUUUGAGUUAAUCUACAAACAGCAAUUCGUCCCAACUCCAGUCUACCUUGGCACAGAUCUCCGCCUCUUUGGAAUCCAGAUCAGGAUACCACCUGCGCCCGCCAGCUCAAUUAGCAGUGGUAGCAGCAGCAGCAGCGGUUGUGGGACUUACAGUACCAUGGGCAGCACUGUAAGCAGCAUUGUCGAUAGCAUCAAUGCCGAUCGCAGUACCGUUAGAAGCGUAGCAAUAGCACGGAGUAGCAGUAAUAAAAGCAACACUAGCAGCAGUAGCAGCAGUAGCUCGAACAGCCUCUCCAGCUCAAUUCUGCCUGACGGGAUGGGCUGCAGUAGCGCCUUGCCGGUCAAGCCGUCAGGACGGUCGGAGACUAGAUUGACCAUCACUAAAGAGGUCUGCCCUAACUCGAUUGUUGAUACCAUACCCCGCUCACCGAUCGAGAUUCGAUCCUCGGGCUCCAUGAAGGGUUACGCGAAUAGCAGCACAGAAGCAGCGGCUACGUUUACUCGACCAGGCGGCAGAAAUCCCAGCGCUCGAGGGUCAGCUAAACGGUCCAGUACUACCUUUACUCGGCGGAUCAAAGUUCCCACUUCUCCACUGGCUUCAAAGGAACCGGAAGGAGGGCCUGACAAUGGAUUUACCGGCUCACCAACAAGAUAUGCAGCAAGACCCUUGGGCGCAGUUGCCUCCUCUUCAUGGACUGUGAUGACAUCGGCCCUGCGGGGCUCACGAAUGUCAAUGGGCUCUUUGGUUGACCAAAAGUAUUUGGUUGCUCCGUCGAUUGGCGCUUUGAAGGCGCCCGGUCCACGAGAAAAGCUAAUCUUGAAACCAACAUCCAAGAAGGCCGGCACAGAUGAGCUAGAAACCCCCAUAGUAGGGGCCUCGGGAGGCAAAGAAAGUCGCCAACAUGACAUGAGAAUCAGGUCAGUGAGACAAAGCUCAUACAAGUAUAGCUUCAAUGGAUGGUGGUUUCUUCUUCAUUUUCAUUAA